CAGAGUUGUUUAUAUUGCGGCUUAUGAACUAAAAACUUGAAUGUUUUAGCAAUAUCAAAUAAAAUAUCAAGAAUUACUUUCACAUAAGCUUCUAUAUGAACAAAUUUGAUGUAUCUUCGUGUUUAACAAACGGCUUCCAUUGUAAAUCAAGUCGCAAAACUUAGAAAAUGUUGGCCUUAUUGAUGUUAAACAGAAUGAGCAUGAAGCGACGUAGUUUACGUGCUAAAGAGACUGCAUUUAAGGCCGAAAGGAAGCCGGACACGCAGUCCAUGUACUGCCGGACCUGCCUGAGCGAUGAGGAGCUCGUGGCUAUUUUCUACAGCCCUGGCAUGGAAAAGAAACGAAGCGAGGAAUUGAGACUCGUCACAGGUUUAGAGAUAGUGGAGAAUGAUGGCCUCUCACAAAAAAUGUGCACUAUCUGCAUAGAGAAAAUGAACAACGCCUUACAAUUCCGGAAACAGAGCAAGAAAGCUGAGAAGUCCCUCUUAAACAUGUCAGGGCUGAAAACAAAGAGAAAAUCAAUAUCGAAAGCGACACGGAAAACAGUGAAACUAAAAAGCCCAAGGGCGGUAAAGAUUAAGCGGAAAGUGGAAAAAGAGGAAUUGGACUUUGACUGUUCGUAUGAUGAUUUUCAGAACGAUGAUGAUUAUCCGGAGGUUCCGGUGCUUGAGUAUCCGGAUGUGGAUGAGAAACCUAAAAUAAAGCGGCUUCUAAAGAAGCCAGGGGUCCGAAAGCGGGUGUCCAUCCCGAACGCGGCGUCCUACAAGUGUCCAACUUGUAGCAAGGAGUUCCGUAUGAAGGCCACAUACAAGGCACACUUGAGGUUCCACACCAACUACUGUGUUUGCGAGGCGUGCGGUAAACGUUGCCGCAACAACAACCAGUUACAAGAGCACAAACGCGCGCGGCACGGACUCGGCCGGAUACACAAGUGUGCCUACUGCGAGUACAGCUCCGCCACCAAGGAGGCGCUCACCAUUCAUGAGCGGCGUCACACGGGCGAGCGGCCUUACAUCUGCGACCAUUGCGGCGCCUCUUUCCACCGCCGCUCCAACCUAGUCCAGCACAUCGCUAUACACCUGCCCGAGAAGAACUUCCAGUGUGCGUUGUGCGCUAAACGGGAGAAGUCGAAGAAGUUGCUUCAGGUGCACGUGUUCAAGGCACACCGGGAGAAGAGAUACAGAUAUAUUUGCCCGGUGUGCCGCGACACGUUUACCCGGCCCGGCAACGUGCGACAGCACCUCUCUCGCUCGCACGGCGUGCCGCGCGCCGACCAGCCGCAUAUCGACCGCUUCCAGGUACACAGCAACGCAACAGAAGACAUCACACCGCGGAUGCUCACUUAUUUAUAGAUCUAUUGAAAUUAUUUGUUAAUUUAUGUAAAAAGUGUCGUAUUUUGUCAAAAACGCAAAUAUGAA